AUGUCUAAUGAUACUUCACCGACAAGAUGUUUCUUCAUCGAACUCACCCCUCGACCUGCAAAAUAUUUCGACUCGUUGUAUCUCGUCUGUCUUGUUCUCCACGCGGUUUCCUUUCUUCCCGCUGCGAUUGGAAAUGGCGUCGUGACUUUAACAACAUUCAAGACCCCCUCGCUUCAGAAGCCUUCGUUCGUACUGUUGAGUUGUGCGGCGUUUGCAGACUCACUCACUGGCUUUCUUGCCCAGCCAGUGGCAAUGGCUUCGUUCGCCGCUAAACUUAAAGGACAAUUCUCCGCUGCUUGUUGGCUGGAUCUCUUGAAGGAGUGUUUGGGUUGGUUAUUCGGAGGUAUAUCUGUGAGUAUUCUAGCUUUUUUGAGCGUGGAACGCUACCUCGCGCUACGAUUGGGCCUUCGCUACCAAACAGUUAUCACGGUAAAACGUGUUUUACUCAUUGUUAUCUUCUUCUGGCUUGCACUGCUAACACUAGGAACGUUUCGUUUCUUCGCGCUCAGUAACAAGACAUAUGUUGCUAUACAUCUCCCAUUCAUGCUUCUAAGUCUGGUGAUCCUCACGGCAACUUACUGUAAAAUUCACCUUUUUAUUAAAAGACACAGAUUGAAACUCUCUCCCGCGGAAAAUCAAAAGCAAAACGCUUUCGACGUCGCAAAGUACAAGAAGAUCACUUUAGCUGUUCUUUACAUAGUCUGUUUCUACUGGUUAUUUUUCGCACCGUUUGUCUGCGUGCUGCUUGCAUUUUUACUGUCAGGUUUCACUGAACGAGUCGAAGGCGCUUAUUACAUCACAACGACUCUUAUACUCGCAAACGCGGCAGUAAACCCACUUCUUUAUUGCUGGAAACUAAGGGCCCUUAGACAAGCCGUGUUAAAAUACAUCAAAGACAUACUUCAUUUACACUCUUAA